AUCGUCGGCGUCUCGAGUGGCAGUGGGAGAUUUCUAAACGACACCAAGGAAUUUUCGAAAUUCUUGUAUUUUCCCGCAUUCUUUUUUUAAAGAAUUGUUUAGUUCUCAUUCCAACAAUAUGGAUAUUAUGAGGAAUCAAUUUGAAAUUUUAUAGAAUUUGGAUGAAGGAUACUCGUUGCUCAUUGCAUUGCUCGGAGGAUACGGUGCAUGACUGGUUUGAACGGUUUCAAAGGUUAAAUAUCCAUGAAAUGGUUGCGACUUCUUUCAAAAGUCAGAACUAAUAGUAUUCAUGGCCCAGAAACAAAAUUUGCUGAAGCCGGGUGACACGUUUCCAUCGAUGUCCUCGCGCACCCACCACCUACAUGAACCGGCUCCUACCACCCAACAGCCUCAACCACCAAGGCAUAAGCGCAUGAAGAAAAAGAGCCUGUCAUCGUUCGAUCCAGCGCUACACGCCCGGCCAGGUAUCCCUCGUGGACUCGAAUACCUCUCCACACUCGACGGGAUAAGGGUCUACCAAUAUAUGGACAAUGUACAAGCGACGACGUGUUGGGUGAGGAGCAACAAGUAUAGAGUGUGUAACGAUAAAGACCAGCAGUUCUUUGUGGCUAAAGAUGCUGAGGCAGACGAGGCCGAUUUGCAGUGUUGCUCAUAUUGUAAACCAUCCCACAAAUACAUCACCAGUAUUGAAGACAAUCGGGGAUUGACAGUGAUCCGUCUUGAACGAACAUUGUCGCUGCUUCAAGACAUCAUGGAGGUGCAUAGCCCACCUGGGAGUGUGGUCGGCCAUGUCAAACUGGUGUCACGAGGAUGUUCCUGCUGGCCUUUGUUCAAUAUCCUGGACGCCGACAAGAAUAAUAUGUUUGUGUUACAAGUCCCAAAGGCGUACGACUGUACGUGGAAGUGUUGCUCAGAUAUGGUGUACAAGAUAAAGUGUGCAGAAGAAAUGGAAAAGGAGAUUGGGGAGAUUAAGCGGGUGUGUCUGGGGUGUAAAGAUGUAUUGAUGCCAUCCAGUGAUAUCAGUGUAACGUUUCCUGAAGAGCUGAACGUCCUCCAAAAGACACUCAUUCUUGCCGCAACGCUGCUCAUAGACUACAAGUAUAUGGAAAAUUGGUUAUGAUAACGCGUCGACGAUGAAGAACGUUGAUCAACAGCGGUUCCUGAGAGCUCAACGUCCUCAAAAAGACACUCAUUCAAGCUGCUCAUGGACUGAAGAGACAAAUGUAUAUGGAAAACUGGUGAUGAUAGUGCGUCAAAGACGGAGAACAUUCGACAGCUGGUAUAGCUAAACAAGAUGAGGCCAGAAAAUAUGCUCGUUGUAAAUAAAUGUGUAGCGGGGAACUGGUGGUGUGUGCCGCGCCCAACCGGAUAUAUACGCCAAUAUGGUUGGAAACUUUCACUAAAGUGGUCCCAUAUACCGAUACUUCAUUUGUUGCCAUUGAAAGAUAUUCAAAACAAUUUUAAUAUCACCAGCAAUUUCUUGUCGGAACAGUUUGUCGACAAUUCGUAAACCAUGUUGUUGUCAUAAUGAAGAACCUCACAGUGUCGAAGUUGUGGAUAAAAUAGAAAACUCUCUUAAUAGAAUGAUUAAAUACUUUUAUCUGUCGCAAGGCCCACUCUUGAAAGAAUUAAAUAUUGUAGAAACAUGAACAGGAUAUUUGCAUUUCAUUAUGAGAAUCAGACAGAGUGUAAAACGAAUAGGAGAAUAUUAUCAGUAACCGAAAGGAUUUCAAGUGAAAUAAGUCAGAAGUUCGCGUCGAAUAUCGGUCAAUGUGGAUAGCGUCCGUAUGCAUGUUUGGUCCCCUCAGUCAUUUUCAUUAGCUUUUGAAGACUUUGCUUAUGUUCACGAAACAAACUCAAAGACGCUAUCUUGUUUUUAUUGCUAGAAAAUAUUAUUCUCUUCAGCGGCACA